UGCCUGUUGAGAAAGCGAAAGUAGCAGACAGAACAGCCCACAGAAUCACAGAAGCCACUGCGUUGAGGAAGACAGUGACAGAACGAGACCUUUUCUUUAGUAUAUCAACGGUUUUGAAACAUCAAUCACAAUGCCACGUUUGCUGGACAUUUUGUUUUUCUUCUAUUUCUUCACGCACAUCCCAAUUACUAUAUUUAUUGAUCUUCAAGCUUUGCUGCCUCAGAAGUACUUCCCACAAAAGACAGUUGAACUGAAGGAUUGGUACUGUCUGCACUUCCGAGACCCAAUGAUGGUGGAUCCCCCCACGUGGUUCCAGGCGUUUGUCGGCUGUGAAUUCCUCGUGCAGCUUCCCUUCUUUUUCGUGGCUGCCUAUGGAUUUUUCAAAGGAGCUGAGAAGUGUCCCUGGCUGAGGUGGCCGUGUGUGGUGUACGGCAGCCAUGUUGCCACCACCCUCAUCCCAAUCAUCAGCCACAUCCUGCUGCACGAUUUCUCCACGGGCAAACACCCCGGCCCCCGAAACAUGGAGGAGCGGUUUACUCUCAUCUCCAUCUAUUGUCCCUACUUCUUCUUCCCCCUCUUCAUUAUGCUGGACGCUCUGUUCAGCUCGGUCUAUCGACAUUCCCUCCAUCUGCAUCAGAAGAAGCACAGAUAGGAACGUUGUUCUCGUGUGUCUGUCUGUACAUCUGUCUGUCUCUCUGUCUGAGUCUGUCUGUACGUCUGUCUGUCUCUCUGUCUGAGUCUGUCUGUACGUCUGUCUGUCUAUCACAAGCAGCAUGUGUCUUGGUGUCUUUUCAUUUUCUCUUUCGUGCCUGCUUGUGUGAGUCACAAUGAGCUGAUAGUUGUAUGAGACAAAUUGUUUAGUACAGUUUAGACACUCGCUCACAUGUGUAUGGAUAUCUAUUGAUACAUACGUACACAAAUACUUUCUAAGUCUCUUUUCAUACAGAAAGAUGCAUUCAUAAUUACUCACUCUCACAACCUUUUCCCCUGCUCUCACUCUCACACACACACACACACACACACACACA